AGACGAUUCUUGCACCCGUUCCGACUCCUUCUCCUUCAUCCAACUUUUUUGCUCGCAUCAUCUCAGCUCCAACGCACCGCAUUAUCAACGGCCCCUUUUUUGGUUUUUGCUCUGCUGUUCAGCAUCAACGUUACCUUACUCUUCAUCGCAAACAAGCCUACACUUCAGCAUCAUCACACACAAUGCCUCAUUUCGCUGUAACCCUUCCGCUCCUCGCCAGUAUGCUGGCUCUCGCCCACGCAGAAGACUUCCAACUGUCUGCCAUUGCUAGAUUGCCCGAAACGCCUCCCACGGCUACUGCUCCUCCCGCUCCGCUGCCGCCAAAGCUCGGGUAUCCCGCCACCACCGCGCCAGCGGAACAAAAGGACGGACAAGACGGACAGGUCUUCGUGCUCACCCAGGUCCCCGCCGGAGCCGCCGCCACUGGCGCACUCGGACAGGAUGACGCCGUGUGCGACGAGGUGGCGGCGCGCAUCAAGCCGCAGCUGACGCCCAAGCCGGCCUACCCAGGUCCCCUGCAGGGGCUCGCCACGCACCUGGGCGGCAUCCAGUACGACAACUGCAAGGAGUUCAGCUUCAACGGCGGCAACGCCAAGCUCGACGGCACCGACAACUUCAAGAAGUUCUCGGAGGAGCGCUACACCACCUUCAUCGUGCCCAUCUGGGCCAAGGUCCACGAGCUGUGGGAGGCCUGCGGCGACAAGGCGGGCGACUUUGACGAAGUCAAGAACGAGCCGUGCUACAAGUGGGCGUUUGAGCAAUGCCAGGCUUCGAAGGCCGGUUCCGGCACGCAGAAUGCCGCCACCGAGGAGAAGAAGCAGCCCGCCGCGGCGCAGCCUGGGGACAGUGCUGCCAAGCCGAGCGGUAGCGGUGGCGGGCUGCUCUUGUUUGGUGGUGCCGGGAAGAGCGUUGUUCCACAUGCUGUUGCUGUUGGUGUGGCGGGGGCCGCGGGGCUCAUGGCUUUCCUGUGGGUCAUGGUCUAAGGAUGAGGGGAAUGAAUCAAGACAGAGUGGGAUGGUGUUUCAAAUCUCCUUUGAGGUAGUGGCAUGGUCUCUUCGGCGGGUUGCUACGGUAUUAUCUUUAACGUGUGUGUUGUCCUGGUGGAGUCGUCUUCGGUUGUCCGGUUGGAGUUGUAGGAAUACGGGUAUCAAACAUAUCUGUCUCGGGAACUGCAUGGGAUAGACAGUCACGGUUAAUCAGGUUUUGGUUCGUGUCGAUU